ACAAACGUCAUCUGGCGAUUUCCCCUUCUCCAAAAUGGCGCUCUUCGCAUGAGUUUAUAUUCCGAGUCUUACCCAGCAAGCAAUCACAAGAGAGAUGGAGAAAGCGGAGGCCGAGGCAUCAGCCUCGGCAGAUUCAGCCCGGCCAUGGCAGUCCUACACCACCGUAUACACUAACGCCAAAGCAGGGAUGGAUGGGGUUGACAAGGAGAAAGUGCAGAGGACAGUUUAUGAGAUGAGCAAAGGGUCAAAGUAUUUUGAGAAUGAGGAGCGCAAGGAGGCUUUCAUCAGGCAGAAGAUCGACAACAUGCGUGCUCGGUGCGCAAAACUCUCUGCCUCUGACAUAUCUCAUUAUCAAAUGGUUGCUGAUAAAAGAAUUUUGGAGCUAGAAGCUACACGUGAUCUAUCAAGGAUUUGGCUACAUGUAGAUAUGGAUGCUUUCUAUGCAGCUGUUGAAACAUUAGAUAAUCCUUCAUUAAGGGGCAGGCCAAUGGCGGUUGGUAGCAUGUCUAUGAUCUCCACCGCUAAUUAUGAGGCCCGAAAAUUUGGGGUUCGUGCUGCAAUGCCUGGUUUCAUUGCACGUAAAUUAUGCCCAGAGUUGAUUUUUGUUCCCACAGACUUCAAGAAGUAUACUUAUUAUAGUGAUUUAACUAGAAAAGUUUUCCAGAAGUACGAUCCCAACUUCAUGGCAGCUAGUUUGGAUGAAGCCUACCUUGAUAUUACUGAGGUCUGCAAUGAGAGGGACCUUACUAGCGGAGAAAUUGCUGAAGAACUCAGAACAAGUGUUCAUGAAGUGACUGGUCUUACAUGCAGCGCCGGAGUGGCACCAAACCGCUUACUUGCUAAGAGGGAGAGCAUUGAAAAGAUACUGAUGUUGGACCAGUGGCAGAGCCAGAAAUGCAUCAUCAAAAAAAUCAUUUUUGCGUUCAAAGCACAGAUAUAUGGGAUUCUUAGUGGAAAUGGGGAUUCUCAGUAAAUAUAGAAAGAUGCAAGACUCAGGGUCUGUGUCUGGAUGGCAGAUUUUCCCUCAUUUAAAAUGUGCUGGGAUCAGACUGAGCAAUUUGUAAUAUAUAUUUUAAUAUUUUCAGGUGGGGCAUAUGCUCCUUUUUAUGGGUUGAUUAGAGUAAUGAGUUGAUGUCGGC